AUGCCCGGCAAUCCGACAUCGGCCGGGGAGUGGCAGUCCAACUCCGGAUCACGUGCCCCAGAGCAGGCCGAUCUCGUCCCCAGCAACGAGUUUAUAAAGUUGCAACCGGCUGCUUCCCUCCUCCCUCUUCCCUUUUCCUCUUUCCCAUCCAAUUUCUUCACUUCCUAUCUUUCCAUCUCACCCUCUCCCCUCUUCCUCUCACAUCCUCUUCACACAAUGGCCUCCCGUGGACUUCCCCGUGCCCUCCGCCUGGCCCGCGUCUCGGCCCCCCGGUCCGUCGUGACUGCUGCCCUCCCCCGUCCCUCCCUGGCCAAGGCUGCCUCCGCCGCUCUCCCCCGUGUGACCGCCACCCCCGUCGUCCCCUCCCGCGGUGUUAAGACCAUCACCUUCGCCGAUGACAAGGAGACCGUCUACGAGCGUGAGGACUGGCCCCGUGAGAAGCUCCAGGAGUACUUCAAGAACGACACCCUUGCCCUGAUCGGCUACGGCUCCCAGGGUCACGGUCAGGGUCUCAACCUCCGUGACCAGGGUCUGAACGUCAUUGUCGGUGUCCGUAAGGAUGGUGCUUCCUGGAAGGAGGCCAUCCAGGACGGCUGGGUUCCCGGCAAGAACCUGUUCGAUGUCACCGAGGCUGUCCAGAAGGGUACCAUCAUCAUGAACCUGCUCUCCGACGCCGCUCAGUCCGAGACCUGGCCCACCCUGAAGCCCCUCAUCACCAAGGGCAAGACUCUCUACUUCUCCCACGGUUUCUCCCCCGUCUUCAAGGACCUCACCAAGGUCGAUGUUCCCACCGACGUCGACGUCAUCCUCGUCGCCCCCAAGGGUUCCGGCCGUACCGUCCGUACCCUCUUCCGUGAGGGCCGUGGUAUCAACUCCUCCGUCGCCGUCUUCCAGGACGUCACCGGCCAGGCCAAGGAGCGUGCCAUUGCCAUGGGUGUCGCCGUCGGUUCCGGCUACCUCUACGAGACCACCUUCGAGAAGGAGGUCUACUCCGACCUCUACGGUGAGCGUGGUUGCCUCAUGGGUGGUAUCCACGGUAUGUUCCUCGCUCAGUACGAGGUCCUCCGUGAGCGUGGCCACUCCCCCUCCGAGGCUUUCAACGAGACCGUCGAGGAGGCUACCCAGUCCCUCUACCCUCUCAUCGGUGCCAACGGCAUGGACUGGAUGUACGCCGCUUGCUCCACCACCGCCCGUCGUGGUGCCCUCGACUGGUCCAACCGCUUCAAGGACAACCUGAAGCCCCUCUUCAACGAGCUCUACGACAGCGUCCGUGAUGGCUCCGAGACCAAGCGCUCGCUCGAGUACAACUCCCAGAAGGACUACCGCGAGAAGUACGAGAAGGAGAUGCAGGACAUCCGUGAUCUCGAAAUCUGGCGCGCCGGCAAGGCCGUUCGCUCCCUCCGCCCCGAGAACCAGAAGUAA